UGAGCACUGAGCACGAGGAAAGAUCAGAAAAACGACAUGUCCAACCUUAACUCAAAUCGAAAUCUCGGUAAGGUUUGAGGUUUAUAUUUGUAAUAUAAUUGUAAUAAUAUUGUCUCUCAGUACUAUAUGGAACUGUGGCAAUCGACUAUUCAUGACUAUAUAUGAUUCUCGACUUUGAAUUAUACAUGUCCAUCUUUUUAUUAAAUACUAGACUAUAUUAUUAAACAUGUUUACGCCAAUUUGUUUUGACUCUCUUCUCACUGUGGUGAUUUCGCCAAACUAUUGCACGAGUUGUCAUACAUGAAAUAGCUUGAAUUUGCAAGCAUAACAUAUUUCUUGUUGCCCUCAACGGGCUAUUUUUUCAGCUGCAUCCCUAGUUUUCAGGGCCGUACGCAGGAGAGGGAGGCAGUAAAGCCUAUAUGCCGAAAGUCUAAAUAUCCAAGAAUAAUUAAUAAUGUGGUUCUAAAAUUCGUAAAUACCGGUUUGGUAGUUGCCCCACCGCUUUAGUGCAGUGCCUUUUAACUAUAUAUCUGGAGACGUUGCACAGGAAAAUUUUACAGUAAAGCCAUUUCUGCCCCCAAAGUGCGAAGCAGAAUUUCUCAUGAUUGCUGUCAGAAUUGCAGUUGAUUUACUUGAUGAGAUUAUGCCCUUCCGAGCCUCCUCCACAGCCAUCUUGUGUGUAAUUCAUAUUAGGGCCAUUUAUACGGGACAAAAUAAGUCGCGACUUACAUAAGACGCAUCUUAUAUAAGCGGAGUUAUUUUGUACCUUUUAUACGACAAACUCGCGUCUUAUUUAAGUCGCAUCUUAUGUAAGUUGCGUCUUAUUUUGGCCCGUAUGAAUGGCCCUAUUGUUCUUCACCGAGUAUUUCAUAAUAGCGAUAGAUUUCAUGCAAACAAUCCGAUAAAAUGCUAGCCUUUCCAAGCCUUAUGACUACUUCCUAGCACUCUCCUCUGCAGAGGCAUUGUGUUUCGUUUUGGGAGGUUUUAUUGCAAAAUUUUUUUCUUAAAAAAUCAGUUAUAUUAAGAGCCCCCCCCCCCCAAUCGCCACAAAAACCAUUCUCUCGGAAAGGCUAAAUCCGUAGAGAAAUUUGGGAUGGGGGGUACACGUUACAUACCCGAAGCUGAAACUGAUUAAGUACGUCUCAACUGAGGAAAAAGACGAUAUACUGGAGGAACUUGAUUUGUGAAAUUUCGUUAAAGCAGUUGUAGAUAUGGUUCCAAGAAGAAUAAAUUUUGUUUAGAUUUUUAACUGUUAAAUACAUGUAUGCAUCAUCAUAGCAUGAAUAUUUCUUUUCAGACUUAUUCUGUAUCGUAUGAAAUAUGCAAUUUUGAAUAAUGCAAUUUUGAGAAUGCGGAAAUGGUGUCUCAUAGAACCUCAAAUGAUUUAAAUGCAACAUUUCUGAUCAAAAUCACAUUGGGAUCCCUCCCCCCACCCCCCAGCAUCACAGAGAGAAAAUAAGGUGACACUGACCCCUCCUCCUAUUUUUCAAGGUGACUUUUCCAAUUUAUUUAAUUCCGAGUAGAAAUGUCUAGAAAAAUUCUUGUCUUCGAUGUACUUUACAAUCUUCGGAAUUCUGCUAGAUUUCACCCCCAAAAUGCAUGAAAUCGCAAUUCAGGGACCCUAGAUUUCAAAAUUUUCCGGACCCCGGACCCUCCUACACUGUCUCGUGCCCCGGCCAAGGUUUGGCUACGCCACUGGUUAUAGCUGUACGAUUAUAGCUACAAAGAGUUGAAGUUAUUGUUUAAUUAAAGUAAAAUAUACUGAAGUUAAUAAAUUAAAGUUUUACAAAACCUCUCUUCAGACUCGCGCCAGUCGCGCGUUCGCCAAACCUCGACGGCUCAUAUUUUUCGUUCUGCCUUUUUUCCUGCUUUGCCCCCCCCCAGUGAAAAUUCCUUAAAAAAGGCACUGCCGGCCGGGUGUACAGUCCUGCUAGUUUUGUCUGGUUUUCAAGUAUCUUUAACAAAUGUUCAUUUAUCAUUUUGACUUAAUUCAAACCAGCCUUUUAAAUGCGAUUGCACCCUAAUGUGCCCAACUUUGUUGUUUUACUCAGUCGAAUGCCAGACGACUUUAUUCGUCAAGGAGGGGGAGUGCUGGCUGGCAGUCAAUGGGUAAUAUGGAAAACUGUCAAGAGAUAUUUUGAAACACACAUAAUAUGUAUAUCAUGAGUAAAGUGUGCAAAAAUAUUUUGGUAGUAAUGAGGGAAUGGAUAAAUACCCACUUACCAAAGAAGACAUCAAAGUUGACUAAAGUUGGUACAUUUCAUCAAAAUGAAGUUGAAAUUGACUGCAUAUGUAGCUGUCAAACUGCAUGCUCCUACCUGAUUUUAUUUAAUGCACUCAAAAUAAUAAUGAACUGUGUUGUCAGGAGCUAGUGCUAGGCACUGUGCAGUCUCACAUAUUGUUUUAACUGAUACUGUAUUAAUUAGCAAUUUAUUUUGGAACAAAUUAAGCAUAAAAUAUCCACAAUUGUUAUGGUAGUUUCCUGUGUUGAAAUUAGCACUAAAAAUUAACUACAUAUAAGAUAAUUUAAAUCACCAUAAUUAAAGGUUUUUUUCUUCACAGCAAUUUUGAGUGUGUCAAAUAAAGAAGGUUUGGUUGAAUUUGCAAAAAAACUCCACAAUUUUGGAUUAGAGUUAAUUGCUUCUGGAGGCACAGCCAAAGCAAUACGAAAUGCUGAUAUUCCUGUCAAGUAUGCAUUUUUAAACAUAUUUUUCUCUUUCAUCACUCUAUACUGUAGUUACACUGAACAAUUUGGCAAACCCUACAAUCCACUACUCCUGAAUUGUCACUAUUAUUGGCUGCUUGAUUUGUUUAACUUGCAUGCAGACAUGCAACCAUUCCCAUUUCCCCAUGCAUUAUCAAUUCAUCCAUUUUUGACUCUCUUACUGAGUUCCUUCCCUGCAUCUAGUCCCUUUUCUUUCUAAUGUCUUUUUAUGUUUUAUAAAUUAAAAAUACUGUAUAUUUACUGUAGUCUUAUCACAGUCCUCAUUGACAUUAUUUAUUUGGCCUUUCUUGCUAACUCCUACGAUCAUCACACAGGACUUUGAAUUUACUGUUGUUAAUUGCCUCCUACAUUCACAACAACUCACUGAAAGUAGAAAUGUCAUGAUCUAAUGCUAUUUUGAAAAAUAUAUUUAUUCUUGCCCGGUCUCAACACUAUCACAUAUUUUUUUAGACAAAAUCGUGACAAGUACAACCGCAUGCUUUUUUAUUCAUAUUUCCACCUGCAUUAAUUAACUAUAUGUAUAACAUGAACUAUUAAAUAUUAAAUAUUUGCAAUCACCAACAUUUCCAUUUAUCUAUUAUUUGAGAUGAAUGUCGUCCUCCCAUACACCUGGAGGAGAUUGACCAAUGAUACAACUGAACUAAAAUGUUACCAUCAAUAUAUUCUAAAUUGUUCUGACUGUUCACAUUUUAGUAUUCAAAUGUUCACUUGAAAUUAAGUCUAUUGUUCAUCCUCCACGAUCUCCUGAACACGCAAUUUGGCCGCCACUGCAGCAUCCCGCUUCGCUCUAAAUGUGUCCGCUUUCGGGUUGAGUAUUGCCGGUACUGGUUCUUUCUUGUCAACCGAGAGCUCUAGUGGGUACAAAUGCUGCACGGCACGCUCAAUUUGAGACUUUUUUGCGCGUACUUUGACUCCCCUGAUUUUUCCAUCUUUUCCCACAAUCAAUUCUUCCACAAUUCCUAACGGCCAACGAGUCAACGACCACGUUUUCUCACAUCUAUUGCAAUAAUUACUACAUCUCCUACAACUGGAGAUGUAGUAAUCUUGUACUGCUGGCACUGCUCCAUGACAUUUUGCUUUCGAACGGUGUCUCUCACGAAGGCUACGGAAAUAUUCCUGGGUCGGGUCCACCGUUUUCAAAGCGCUGCUUUGCAUUUCAUCAAGUGUUUCGCUCGUUUUCUAAGGUCAUCGUCCUCAAUAUUAUGUCGCUGCAAUUCGGGUAAAAUAUUACCAUUCAGAAACAACAUCGAAUUUGGUGUUAACACCGAAAAUUGCACGUCAUCAGUACUUCACGUUUAAGAUUACGGACGGUUAUUUAACGCCACCUCGACAUCAAGCAAUACUUCCUCUAACUAUUUCCAUCGCAGGAAACCGUUUCCAAUGGUUAACGCUGCUUUCACGAGCCCAAUCAUCCUUUCGAAUUGCCCACCCCACGACGGGGCGCGACUAAGAUUGAACUACCAUCUUAUCUGAUUAAUCAUAAGCAUAAUCUACUCCAAUUACUUGGUAGGGGAUGAUUCCUUGGGUUCGUGUUGUUGGUAGGAUCUCUGGUGGUUGUGUUGCAUAAGCAGUUGCUGUAAAUCUCUUCCACCCAUGGCACCUCUUGCGUUACUUUUCUAACCAGUCUACUUAGUCUUGGUACCCAGCAACGGCUGCGAACUUUGGUCAUAGUCCGACUCCACCGUGUGGUGUUACGAGAUGUGCUUCUUCAACGACUUUGUGGGUGAACUGGUGGGUGUCUGGAAGGUAAGUGGGGUAUUCUGCCUGUAUCCGACCACGACGUUCCUACACGCCAUCCUUGCCAGGUUGUAAAUUCAGCACGAUGCAGCCUUGUUCGAGAUCACAAUUCUCUUGGGUUUGUUUAAUCCAAAAUUGUCUUUGGCGUUCAGUUUCAUCCGUUGUUAGUCGUCCCUUGAUGCGUUCUGUUCCUCGAAAUCUCUGUAAUACGUUGUCGAUCUCAUUCUUUUCGUCGAUUGCAACUGUGAAUUAUUGUUUAAUAAUAAUAAUAAUAAUAAUAAUAAUCUGUUUAAUUAAUCACAUUGCAGUAGAGACUGAAUUACAUGAUUAUAAACAAAUACAUUAAAAAUUAACUUUACAGAUAAAAUUGAGUUCAAACCGUUCAAUGUUCGUUCUGAAUAGUCAGUUUAAAUCUGUCCACAAAUUAUAAUUGGGUACCUGAGUUAAUAUACACGAGUACUACUAAAUCAAUAAUACAUUAAUAAUUAUAUUUAACAGUUAUAAAAUUUUGAAACCUUUCUGUGUUCGUUUGGAGUGACCAGCUUGAUUCGGACCUAAGAUUAUAAUUAUGAGUAGUUGGAUGUAUACGAGUUGCAACAACAUCCUUAAGAGGAUUUAUAGGACCAAUGUCAAGCUUCAAUUUCCGGAUAAAUUGUUCGCAGGAAUUAUGUUUACGUGUACUUAACUUUUUUAGACCGGUAUAAUUCAAUGCGUCUUGAUACGACAUUUCGGGAAGCAAGAUACGUAAUGCUCUUCUCUGUAUCGAUUCGAUAAGGUCAGACUGGCCUUGGAUCAGCGUUGACCACGCUGGUGGCUUGUACUCAAUUCGGGACCGAAUGAAGGAGGAAUAUAUAGUGACAAGGUCUUUAUCGCUUAACCCAGCCUUUUUUAACUUCCGCAAUGCAUAGAGUCUGGAAUUUGCUUUUUUAAUCACAUAGUCAACAUGAUCACACCAAGAUAGAUCCUCUCUCAGCAGCACACCGAGCAGUUUAAAGGAAGAUACUGAUUGCACUGGCGAACCGUCUAUAUAGAUCGCAUUAUCAAGUGGAAGGUGGUAUUGGAGGAAGGAUAUUGUCAUCUCCUUACAUUUCUUACUGUCAAGCUUCAUUCCUCUACUUGAGGCAUACUGAGAUACAUCAUUUACGAGAAUAGGUAGCAAGCUAGGAGAGCAACGUGGAACAAUUUCUAGUGCAGUAGAAUCGUUUACAAACUUUAUCCGCCCAUUCCAGUCCUGUAGGAGGGAAUUGACUAAAAUGGCAAAGAGAAGAGGCCCAAGUUUAGUUCCUUGAGGUAGGCCACCGUUAAGUCGUUAUCGGGUUUCCAUGAGAAAGAGGAUGAUCCGUUUUUUACACACUGUUCGCGGGAGGUAAGGAACGACUUUAAUUUAUCCAUCUUAUAAUGGCAGGACUCACUUGUAAUUUUAAAAGUUCAUCAAUAAUGACAUUAUCGUCGACGAGAUCAAAACCUUUUUUGAAAUCAGCAAAAAAGAUUCUUACAGAGCAGUGGCCUUGAUCUAAAGCAGCAUGAAUCACGUGGAGGAGAUAACGAGUGCCUGAGUGGUUGACUUUCUCGGAAGAGCAAAUUGAUUUGGGUCCAAUUUAUGACCCACUUCCGACAUGAGGGACUGUAGCAUAAAUCCUUCCAUCACUUUAGAUACCUGAGCUGUGAGUGAUAGGGUUUAAAUCGUCCUCAAUAGUCUGAGGUGGUGACACUUUUGGAAUGGGAACGACGAUAGAACGUUUUAGCUGCUCAGGGAAGACUCCCUGAAGCACUGAUGUAUUGUACAUGUAAAUGUCCAUUAUGACAGGGGCAAAUUCAAAAGCGAAGGUUUUCAGGAUCCUAUUUGGGAUACCGUCUGGGCCAGGAGACUUCGUCGUUUUAAGACGUCGCAACACUGAAUAAACUUGCCCUAUAUUUACGAGUAGAUGAUUGGGAACUUCUGUCUCCUGGUCGUCGGUGCAUUCUAGCAAGGGUUUAAAAUGCGAAGUAAGUCCAACAAGAUAUCCGUUAUAUGACUCAGCAAGGUCCUCACAGUUGGGGUUUGCUUCAGAAAGUAGUUGAUAUACCCAAGAUUCCCGAGAAGAGAGGCCCCGUAGGAAUUUAACCUCUUUCCACCAUCUGGAAGGGUUUGCACUUUUCAACUUCUGCACGGAAUUUGCAUAGUACUUUCUACGUGCCACUUUAACAUCCCGUUGAACUCUAUUGCGCCAAAUUCUAUAUGCUUGUGAAUUUCUUCCGUACUUAUGAAGUGAUUUUUGCCGCUUACUAAUGGAGGACUUAAGCGAUGACGUCAUCCAUGGUUUAUCAGAUUCCCGAUGUGUACUGCAAGCCGCUCUUUCUGAUCAAUGUUUUCCAUGAUGACUCCUUUACUAUCAUGUUCUGAUAUCUCGGAUUGUCUAUGAACACAAGUUCUCCUUUGUUCACCUUGGCGACUUCGACUUUCAUAGAACAUUUACCCGAUGUUCCCUUGAUCUCAAUGGUUGACAAUUGGUAGGAUUUGUUCCUGAAAUUACCGGUAGAUUGGUGAUAUUUACUAUACAGUAUAUGCAUUCGCAACUUCAGCUGACUGUCCGCAUUCGGUUUCGAGAAUAUCUUUGACUUUUGAGUAUCCCACUUCGACAAUGUCACAACGUACAGACUCGUCAAGUAAUUCCUUUAAUAAGUAGGCAAACUUUGUUAAGGUUGGUAUUUUCGUUGAUAAGAUUUCCGACGUAAAUUUUUCCCAAAACGGUAACCAUGAUUCGAAUUUGCCGUCAAAUUUUGUUGUAGGUAACUUUGGUAAUUUAGCGCCAGAAUUUUGUUUACAUUGUUCGCUAUUUUCUACUUCGCUUGCUUUUUCGUUUUCAAAUUCAGCCUUUGCUGGAGUAAUUCUCGCUAAAUUCAAGGUUUUUCUUACGAUAGUCUUGUACUGUCUUCUCGUGUUGUUCUCGGCGAUCGAUUUCUUUAAUUUGUUGAGCCAAUCUUCGUACAUUUUCGUCCGCUAUAGCAAGUUCGUCUUCGUAUUCUUCAGCCCAUUCUGCGACGUCUUCUUCGCUCUCGCCCUUGGAAAAUUUAUUUUCUUCUAUGGUUUCUUUAAGAUUGAUUAUCGCUUUGGUGACAUUCUCAAUAGAUUCUUGCUGACGCCCAGACGCUUAUCGGUCUUGUUUAGUCAUUAUUUGUUCGGUUUUUCCUUAGCUAAAUCACGAUUUAUCCCGUUCGGAGGUGCCACUUAGACUUGCUCCAAAUCACUCUUCAUUGUCAUAUAGUAUCGAUCCACUAUAGUGUACAUUACAUGACGUAGUACGGAGGGGCGGAGCGAGAAAGAGAGACUUGUCAACUUCGGAAAAUCUCGGUUCAAAACUGAACCGAAAAUGCAAGACUUGCUUUGAUUGUUUUCCUUCAAUUUCUUUCUGUAUUAUUUACUAUAAUGGAACUCAUGUUAUUUACACUGUGCUAGAUCAAUACAUAUAAACACUGUCAGAAAACAAUUAAAGCAAGUUCAGUUUUGAACCGAGAUUUACCGAAGUUGACAAGUCUCUCUUUCUCGCUCCGCCUCUCCGUGCUACGUCAUGUGAUGUGCACUAGUGGAUCGAUACUAUGUGACAAUGAAAGAGAGACUUGGAGCAAGUCUAAGGUGCCACUGUGCCGUGAAUUGCCUCCUAUAUUCACAACAAUUUUGAAAAAUAUAUCUAUUCUCGCCCGGUAUCAACAAAAUCGUGACAAGUAUAACCGCAUGCUUUUUUGAUUGACAUUUCCGCUUGCAUUAAUUAACUAUAGGUAUAACAUUAACUAUUAAAUAUUGGAAAUUUCCAACAUUUACCUAUAACUUGUGCAUAUAUCCGUUAUGGGUACACUAAUAUAUAAAUCUUUGAAAGAAACCGCAUAAAACAAUCAUUUGAACAUUUGUAGAUGCUGUUGGACCAAUAAUGUGGAUACGUUUGAGCAAGCCUACAUGUCUCUUACCCGCAGAAAAAAUGUAUGCAUGCAUGCCAUGAUUGCCAUCAUCAUCAUCUGUCACAGAGGCGCCGGAGAAUCGAUAAUAGCGAGGGCAGAUAUUCAUAUAUUCGUGUUCACAGACUGUAAAAACGAUCGAUUUCAAAAGAAAUUAAUUGGGCAGAACACAAAUAUAUGAAUAUCUGCAAUUAUCGAUUCUCCGGCGCCUCUGAUCUGUCAUCUCCUAAGACCGGGUCAUAUAGUAAUUAAGAGACAAGAUCAAUUCACUUUAUCUUUAAUGGGGCCUGGAUUUAACCAUGCAAUGAUUCGAGUGAACCUUAUAUUUGAACGAAAGUACACAUUUUGUAAUAAGGUUAAGGGUAAUAUAAGGGUUGUACUUUAAUAAACAGUGUACAUAGUCAUCACUUUCAAAUUACGUAGCUUAAUUUGCUUUACGAUAGUUUUCUGCUAACUUCAUUAUAGCACAUGUAGUAACCACUAUAGUGAACCACUGGGUAUAUGACUCGUACAUGCUUUAGGGAUGUUUCUGAGAUUACUGGAGCACCAGAAAUGCUUGGUGGAAGAGUGAAAACUUUACAUCCAGCGGUGCAUGCAGGUAAAUGGAUACAUUGUAUAAUUAUAACAAGUCUUAGGUUGCAUGCGUCCAAAAAAGUGGGUGCAACCUCGUGGUACUCAGAGUCUUUCCUCGUCUUUCCUCUUGAGGAGAAAAACCCUGGUAGACGCUGGUCACGUGAUCUGCUUAAAUCUAUCAGAUUUCUAAUGAACUAUCUUGGAUUCCUUUACGACAAUCAUACAAAAUACAAAUUAUAAAUAAAUUAAACUAUAAAAAUCAGCCAAAUAUCAAAUAUUUAUUGACCUCAUCUUGGAUUGCUAAUUAAAAAUCUGCUAGAUUUUAGCAGAUCACGUGACCAGCGUCUACCAGGGUGUUUUCUCCUCUCGCCAAGAGGAAAGACCCUGGGUACGAGGUUGGGAGUGUUGCUGGAUCAACAUGCGUUGAAAUCAACUUUUGUUGCAAUUGUAGCAGUUUUGCUCCUCGUGUUGCUUCACCUUUACUCAAGCCUGUUUUUAAGAAAACAUGGAUAUUUUUCUAGGCAUUCUUGCACGGUUGACUAAAGAAGACGAAGAGGAUAUGAAGAAACAAAACUUUCAAUAUAUCAGGUUUGCGGUAAAAUAAAGUUCAGCAUACUGUAGUGAUUUAUUUAAACAUUUUAAAGUUGGUCGUUGAUUGGUAUAUAUCCCAUGGCCAUGCAGAUUUAAAGUAUAGUAUUUAUAUACUAACGUUUUCCUAUUCGUUGUGGCGUCCAUAUCUGUACUUUUGACAGCUGUUUAGGCAUUUUUAGAUAAAAAUUAAAAACCAGACAUAGUAUAAUAAACCACGCUGCGAAUAUAAAACGAUACCAAACUUCGUUUUGGCACCGCAACCAAUUUAUAGCUAGCUCCAUCCCGCCUUCGCACCGAUAAUUAUAUCUUGUGUUCCAAAGCUAACAAAAGACAAUUUAAAACACCUUCCUGUGUUUUGUAACCACCACAAUGGUGUGUUUUCUAACACAUGGUGUACUUAGUGUGUAAAUAUUACAAGACACACCUUUGUGUCUUAUUUGACACACCUCUGUAUGUAAUUAAACAUACCGCGGUGUGUAAUUUAACACUCUGAUGCCUCUCUGACACAGACACUUUUAAUACUCUGUUCUUCGGUUUCCAUACUGUAGAGGUCUAACUGUACCAGCUAUCACGUUAUUUCAAAUUUCCCUUCUGAACUCUUUAAAUAAUUCAAUAGCGUGUCCCAGGCUAAUAUAAAAAAUAUUAUUUAAUUCUAGUGUGGUCGUUAAUAACUUAUAUCCGUUUGAAGAUACGAUAUCAAAGGAUGGCGUAUCAGUGUCAGACGCUGUUGAACAAAUUGACAUUGGUAGGUGCGAAGUUAUAAAAUUCAAAUUAUAUAUUCAAACAUCGAAGUAAGUGUGUCGUUUCCAAUUCAGUGCCCCAGCUGCAAGGAAAGAUUAUUGGAUCCCUUAAAUUACUUCUUUACUUGAUGUUUGUGAUGUUACUCUGAGUGUGUAUCCACACCGGGCAAGCUUGAAAAAUAUGCCUGGCCACGGUGGGAAUCGAACCUACGACCUUUGGAACGCUAGCCCAAUGCUCUGCCAACUGAGCUACGCGGUCAGGUCGGUUCGAGUAUGUGAUGUUUCGGAACUGAGUCUAGUUCCUUCGACAGCAAUGUAAUCUAGUAAUAUGAUUUUUUGUACUUCUUUACUUAUAGGUGGUGUAACGUUGCUAAGAGCUGCUGCUAAGAAUCAUGCGAGAGUCACCGUAGUUUGUGAUCCUUGUGAUUAUGAUAGGUAAUGUUUCUAAUGCGGAGACGUCUAGGUAAUGUCUCUAAUGUCUCUA